AGUCAGUGAUGGCGGGCACUCGUGUCUCGUGUGGCUUGGAGUUUUCUAAUGUUUAUGAGCUUAAUGACAGCCUUCAGGACUCGUCAAGAGCUGGGUAUGACUUCAUAUCUGUGCCCAUCGCUCACCCGAGGUUCUCCAGGGAGCAUGUUGAGGGCAAGGCCAAGGGUCGGGCCGGUGCCUUCACUCGCUCUGACUUACUGCUCAGUAGUUCAGAGUGGAACAGCUUGAUUGUGGGUCGCGUCAGUCCAAAUGCCAUCCUGAACUUGGAGUCCCCGACCAACAGCUUACGUAUUAACAGUGAGGAUACCAUUAGUGAAGAACUUGCUUUUGCCUCUCAUCUUGGUCUUCCUGCCGUGAUGCUGUCUCUAUCAACGGGCAGAUGUACCAACAUGGCCAGAAUAGUUCAUGAUAAAAUCGUCCAGGGUGUGUGUUACCAGGUGUGGGUGAGAGUUCCCAUGCAGGCGCCAGAGGAAAUUGCAGCCCAGUAUCGCUCAGACAAGAAACAGAGUGAAGAUGGAUUUGAGAUAGAUACCUGGACUUGGUGGAACAGGUUUCACAGUAUAGCCAACUUACAGAAGAAGGUUGGCUUGGCUAUCGAAAUUUCAGCAGACCUUCCAGAUCAGAGUGUUCUUGACAGGUGGUUUGGAGAGCCCAUAAAAAGUGCUAUUCUGCCAACCUCCAUCUGGCUGACUAACAAGAAGGGAUUUCCUGUCCUGUCUCGUGCUCAUCAGCUACUGAUAAAGUCACUGUUCAAGCUACACGCCCAGUUUGUCAUAACAGGACCACUUCGACACCAGCACUUUAAGUUGUACCAGCAGUAUCUUGAGCAUAUAAUAAGGGCACAGCUUGAAGCAGACCCUUUGACCGACUUUGCUCGGGGAUAUGAGGACUACCUUCAGUGUCCGCUUCAACCUCUGAUGGACAAUUUGGAGUCUCAGACUUACGAAGUUUUUGAGAAGGAUCCCGUCAAAUAUGCCGAAUAUGAACGAGCGAUGUAUAAGGCAAUUUGUGAUAAGAUUCCUGAAGAAGAGAGAGACACAAAGGAGAUUAUACUGAUGGUGGUGGGGGCCGGUCGCGGUCCUCUUGUGCGGCGGGCCCUGGCAGCAGCAAAGGGAGCCCAGAGAAAAAUCAAAGUAUAUGCUGUAGAAAAGAAUCCAAAUGCUGUUGUUACACUACAAGCUCAGCAGGAUGAAGACUGGGGAGAACAGGUAACAGUGGUGUCGUGUGACAUGAGAGAUUGGGACGCCCCCGAAAAAGCUGAUAUCUUGGUCUCUGAACUGUUAGGGUCUUUUGGUGACAAUGAACUCUCUCCAGAGUGUCUUGACGGUGCUCAGAAGUUCCUAAAAGAGGAUGGCAUUAGUAUACCCAGCAGCUACACCUCCUUCCUCAGUCCCCUCCAGUCACCCAAGUUAUACAAUGAGAUCAGAAAUUGUCGGGAGAAAGAUAAACACUUCCUUGCCCACUUUGAGACUCCUUAUGUGGUGUACUUACAUAACAAAAAGGAACUGGCUCCCUCACAACCCCUCUUCACCUUCAAUCAUCCCAACAGAGCCAAGGUGAUAGACAACACACGGUAUAAAUCACUUCAGUUUCAAAUUACGGAAGACAACGUCGUUCACGGCUUUGGCGGGUACUUUGAAGCCACGUUAUAUAAAGACAUAACUCUGAGCAUUAAACCUGAGACACACUCCCGGGGCAUGUUCUCCUGGUUCCCCAUCCUCUUCCCUCUUCGGGAGCCAGUUCCUGUACGUAUGGGUGACGUGAUGGAGGUACACUUUUGGAGGUGCACCAACAAGAAGAAUGUGUGGUACGAGUGGUGUGUUACGUCCCCACAGAUAAUAUCAAUACAUAACCCCAAUGGCCGAGCAUAUACCAUCGGGUUAUAACAAAGGAAGUCCAUAGGAGACUUUUAUUUAAAGUUGCGUCAGUGGAUGUUGAUCAGCUUUGUUCUGAAGAAACCUGUUGCUUAAAACACUUGUCAAUGGCUCUAGUGAAAUUGAAUUGCAUGAGCAGUGCGAAUACUUGAGGAUGAGAAAAGCCCCAGAAUUGUUCCUGUUUGUCACUCUUGUCAAAAUCUCUCAUCAUCUGCCUUAUGAAAGCUUGUAAACUAGAAUAAGAAAGGGUCCAAAAUUCUUGAUGUUGCAUGUGUAAGUUUCAAAUCCCUAAUAUGCUGAAUCAGUAGCAACCAGGUGUCAAUAUUAGUGUUAAAGAAGUACUGUACUGUACUCAAGAGGUAAAUGUAAGUUAAACUGUAUUUUUGUACAAUUACUUGCUAUACCCUUAAUCAAGCUGUAAUUUUUCACAGCCACUCGGUGUCUAGGAAGUAUGGACACUCUUAACAAAAAGAGCUGCAUUGUGUGUUUACAGUAUAAGAAAUACUGUGACUGGGCAGAAUAUUUUGCUCAGUUGCCAAAAGGCCCUGAACUAACUUAAGCAUACCUUUUAUCUUUAAUCUGGGGAGGAUCCUGGAGCACAGAAGCCUUAAUGAAGGGAGUGAUGGCAAAGAGAACAAAAAUAAAUGUACACAUACACUUGCUGAUAUCCACAGGAGGCGAAGAGAUUCUUACCUAGACUAAUUUGAUUAAGACAUGGGCCCAUUACAAUUGGACCCUUGUACUAAUGGUUAGGUUAGGUUGGGAUAUAGAUGGACGGGGAUCUUUUUGGCUAGUCAUCAGUGGUUGGCUGAGGAGUGAUAAUUAAUUCUUCAGGGUUCCUGACACUAUGACAGUUAACAGUGAGGAUUAUUUGGUCUAUUCAGCCUUCGUAAGAUUUUAUUCCAACUAAUGGCGACUUAUGUCACCUGCAGAGGUUACCCGUAUGUCAUAGUCCAUACAACUACAUGGCUAGUCAGUCUUUAAUGUCUUGGAAUAGUCACUCGUAUUUUGUAUGUUAGUUAGGCAGUGCAUGAGGGCUUGGUAUUAUUAACUUUGUAAAUCUCUUGAGCACUGCAUGACAGUUGAUGACCAUCUUAUCCACAUAGCCAGCUUUUAUGAUAAAUAUAAUGUACUGUAUUGAGAUUUAGUUUUGAAAGUACUGUACUGUGUACCAUAGAAAAAGGUAUAAUAAUCUCUUUAGGGUGGCAGCUUUUAUCCUGAGGAGAAAAGAACUUGUAUUUAAUUCUUUUUUUGUUCAGGCCUCACAACUUACUUUAAAGUUUUAGUGCAGCAAAAAUUAUUAAAAAUGCUCUAUAUAUAUAUAUUGACUCACAUCAACAAUAUAAACAAUGUUAGAAGAUAUGACAAACUGGACUACUAAACCAUUGAUUUUUAAGAUGAAACAAACCAAACUAGUGUACUAUUGCCUGUUAAUAAUAAUAAUAAUACAGUUACAAUAAUAUUUAAUCAGUAAAAUUGUCAUACAGGUUUACAAUUGGAUAGGCAGGUACUGUAUACAGUUCAUCAUGAAUAUAAACAGUGCAAGUAUACGUGGAUUUUGUUAGGUUGUGUUGCCUGUGUUAUAAGAAAUGGUCGGGUGUUCCAGUUUGUGGUACUUUCCUCACACUGAGAAAUAUAUACUGUACUGCAUUGUAUCAAUAUGUUUCAACAUUGACAGCGAUAAAAGAAAGGUUGUUUUACCCCAUUCCAAGUGAAUAAAUUUCUCACAGGGCUGCUUUACUUAGUAACUUAAUUAAAGACCAUUGGCUAUCUAACUGUGAUCUAACCUAUGAAAAGGGGCUCACAGAGUUGGGUCAUUAACUGUUCAUCUGUGACCCAAAAUAAGUCAGAAACCUUGAUUGUCAAGAGUGGGUAAAUGUUGUUAGUAUGAUCACAAUGGGUAAAUAAAUGUUAGUGGGUUGUCAGAGUGGUCACAAAAUGGGUAAAUAUUGUUAAUGUGAUCACAGAAUAGGUUAAAAUGAUGUCAAUGUAUUCAACACAACGGGUAAAUGUGGGUCUUGUUCAGUGGAGUAUGUUACACCCUCGUAAGACAUCAUAAACUGGACACUUUUAACUCGGUGUCUCAUUUCCUAUAUCAGAUCACAGUUGGAUACAAGGGAUACAAGUAAAUAAUGAUAUUCAGGCAAUUAUUUAUAUUUCAAUUACGUGAUUCUGAAUAAACCAUUUUGAAUAAGCUUAGGGGUUUCCAGAUAGUACUCUCAGUUAUGACUAGAACAAUUUUUGUACAAGGAAUAUUCAGUGUUUUUUGUUGUAAAGCACUUGAUAGUGAGAAGUUUUUUUUUUUCCACUUGUUUUUAUGAGUUACUAAGGUAUUUUCAAAAGCCUUUUCCAUCACAGUGUACAAAACUACCAUUAUAUUUUGAGACCAAUGCUGAAUAUAAAGCUCAACACUUACUUUACACUUGAUAGUUCUUAUUUUUCAACCUAUACGUACAUCAGUUCCCAUUAAAACUUGACAGAAAUUUGUUACUUGGUGUUCCAGCACUGUACUUGGUCAUUUUUAUUGGAGAACCCUAAAUGGGUUUUAUAUUUUAGGAUGUGCAAUAAAGAGGAACCUAAAAGUCAAUAGGAGUUCUGUGCUACUGUAUUGAGUUUUAGGGUCCUGUUUAUUGCACAACCUAAAAUAUAGUAACCAUUUAGGGUUCUCAAAUACAAAAAAAUUACCCUGUAUUAGUAUGUAUGCAAUUAAUAUGUUUGAAAUAUAUUUUUAAUCAAUUA